AUGAUAAAAGAAAAAUCCGACCCGCUCGCGUGUCGCCGCACCCGAACUCAGGUAAAGGCUCCGUACACAGUUCAAGAUGAGAUCAAACAUCCCCGAAGAUCGCUCUCGAUCUUCUGUGUUUUCUGCCAGAGGGUGAUCGACCAAUGGCCCAGGUCAACAGCAGAAACCCCUCGAUUCAAGCACCACUCAUCGCUCGGUACGUUACAGAGGUCGGCAGACCAGGGCUGUGGGCUUUGUGCCCAAUUCAUUGUCGGUGUCGAAGAACUCGAAGAAGCUGAGAACUUUGAUGUCGAUGGUAAGCCAGAGUUGCUAGGGCUUCUCAACGAUUAA